AUGGCUUUCAUGCAUCCUUCUUCUGAGGAGAGUGGCCGUCCAAGAGUGAAUCUGACAAUUAAAGCUCUGGUCAGCCCGAACAGAGGUCUCGCUGUCCUGACAUUCCAUGAAGCAGAGACCCCCAGUCCAGGUCCCCAAGAUGUUCAAGAACUGGAGAAUCAGGCAUCGGAUGAUUGCGAGAGAUGUCUUACACAAAAUCCGGAGCUGGGAAUUGUGUACGCAUUUACAACAAUUGGAACUAAGGGGAGAGCUUGGCAGUUUGGUUGA